CUGGCAGGGCAGCAGGCGGGUGAAUUUAUUGACAAAACUUUAGUCCAACUUGGCAACCAAAUUGAAAUUACUUUGUAACCUGCCUCACUGCCUUACAUACACAAAUAUAUUAGUUUUCGCCUGUUUCAUUUCUUUUCUACAUCGGUGUGCACAAAAUUCAAAGAGAUUUCUUUUUGCGAUUAACAAAUCAUGAUUAAAUACGAGGGAAUCACCGUGCGCAAUGUAUCAUAUGAGCCGGAUCUUAGUCAGGAGGGCACUUACAUUUGCCCCAUGCCCAAACCGCCGGCGCCAUCAACGUUUUUGGACACUAGCACCUGGCAUGGCCAUCUGAAGCCAUUCGAGCGUCUGUUCUAUCAUCAGACAAUGAAUUCGGUGCGCUAUAGCAAACGUUAUCGUGGCAAUCCUCACAUACCCAAAGAUUCGUUGGAUUUUCAAUUGCAAUCGCGUUACGAUCAUGGACGUGAAGCGUUUCCCGAGAAAAUAGAUUCGGUCCUGCAGAGGGACACCUGCUCGGCGGUGACCAGUUGGUCAGCACCAGGCGCCAAAAACGAAAGCGGUGCCAAAGUGAAGUCCUUCCGCGUCCUACGCAACACGCGUGUGGUUCUUAAACAAAUGGAAGAUAAACUGGGUCAUCCUUUGCGUAUAGGUGGCUGCAAGGAAAAGAUCCAUCCACAUAGUGUCAAGCUCAUCUGCAGUGGCGUCCACAAUCAAUUGGUCAACAAUGGCUUCUCUCGCCAAACAUCGGAUGGCAAUUUCUUCCGUUACUAAAACCCAAUUAGAUGACAACCUUCGUUUGGUAUUCUUAAUAAAUAACAUUGAAAUUAGUCAAUUAA